AGAGAGAAGAGAGGUGAGGUGAGGUGAGGAGCUGGCAGUAAUAUCAUCAUAGCCAUUAGUUUUUACUUUCUAUCCAUGCACAGAAGAAGAUUCUGCAACCGAGGGACUAUGCAAAAAUACCCUUCAAAUCUAUCAACCCAACAACAGCAAAACUCUCUUAACUUGUUGCAUCUUCCAUCAUCAGCAGCAGCAGCAGCAGCAGCUAGUUCUUGGUCUUUUAUCAAACAUCCUUCUUUUUCUUCACCUUUUUCUGUUUCAAAGAUGAUCACUACUGGUGCAACAACUAGUGCAAGAGAUAUUAGGUCUCCUUUUACUCAAACCCAAUGGCAAGAACUUGAACACCAAGCUCUCAUCUUCAAAUACAUGGUGUCAGGAGUCCCUAUUCCUCAUGAACUCAUCUACUCAGUUAAAAGAAGCCUAGACUCUUCAAUGGCUUCAAGACUCUUCCCUCCUCAACCAAUUGGGUGGGGUUGUUUUCAGGUGGGUUUUGGCAGAAAGGCAGACCCAGAACCUGGAAGGUGCAGAAGAACAGAUGGGAAAAAAUGGAGGUGUUCAAAAGAAGCUAACCCAGACUCAAAGUACUGUGAAAGGCACAUGCAUAGAGGCAGAAACCGUUCAAGAAAGCCUGUGGAAGCUACUUCAUCGUCACCUCCAACACCAACAAUAAAUCCUUCUCCACCAAUUCCAUCACUCAACAGAAGUAACAUCUCCAUCAACUCUUCACCAACUUCUUUUCCACAUAUAUCUCCUGAACUCUAUUCUCAAUCUCAUCAUGAUCCAACUCAAAAGACCACCACCUCUCUUCUCAAUCCUUUUCUUUACAACCCUCAAACUUCCUCUUCAAGAACUGUUCCUGGCUCUUCUGGCUUGUCACCGCAAGAUAACAUUUCUACUACUCAUCAUUUGUUUUUUGAUUCUGGAACCUGUUCUCAGGCUGACAAAGAUUACAGGUAUUUUCAUGGGAUGAGAGAGACUGUUGAUGAGAGAGCUUUCUUCCCAGAAGCUUCAGGGAGUGUUAGAACUUUACAUGAUUCAUGUCAGCCAUUGACAAUGGAAGGUUCAUACAAACCAUACUCUGAACAGUCUCAGUUUCAAACUUUUUCUCAAGAGAACUCCAAACAGCAACAAGAGCAACAUUGUUUCGUUUUGGGCACUGAUUUCAAAUCAGCAAGAACCAUGAAGUAUGAAAAAGAAGAUGAAAUACAGAAGCCAAUACACCACUUCUUUGGCGGUGAGUGGUCACCAAAGAACACAGACUCCUGGCUUGAUCUCUCUUCCAAUUCCAGACUUCACACUGAUAGUUGAUGAUGAGGUCUCAAUGAUGGACAAUUAUUCCAAGUCCAAAAUAGUACUCUUAGCUGGUGGGUCACAGCCUUUUGUCAAAAUUGUGGCUAGGAGAGCUUUGGUUUGCUUAGAAGUGAUGAACAAUAAUGGAGGGCCACAUGAAGCUAUAUAAAUAUAGAUAUAUAUAACCUGUCUUUUGCCAUCUUGAUACUUAAAUUUCUUUCUCUUAUUCCCCUGAAAGAGAACAUGUUUGGGAUUUGUAUAACUUUUACUUGUUUGAGUGGAAGCAUCUUUCAUAUGCUUUGGCCUUUCUUCAUCCUUAUAAUAGAAAGUUUGA